UGCAGCUCUUAGCCACAGCCACAUGCCGAGAUGAGACUGAAGAUCACCCCAGCCUGGACUAUGAUGUGUGGACCGUGCAUGUGAAUGUAGGUGGGCAUGUGCAGAAGUUCUUUGUAUUUGACUGCUAUUUCACUCUGAGCAUUCCCAGGAUCUUAAAAGGCACAACGGGAGGAACAUUGGUGAUGGAGUGCCGGUACAAUGUGGGAGAGGAGGGUCACAGGAAGUUCUGGUGCCGAGGGCCCAACUGGACAGACUGUGUCCGAGUCAUUGAAACGGAACAGAUGGCAGGGCAAGAGGUGAGGCGUGGCCGAGUAACCCUUCGAGACAACCCCAGAGAGCACCUUUUCCAUGUGAUCACGGAGGACCUGGAGGAAGGAGAUGCAGACACUUACUGGUGCGGGGUGGACAGGGCCACAAGUGUCCCCCAGGCCCCGGUGGCCGUGACUAUUUUUCCAGGCUCAGCGACAGUAUCAAUGAUGACCACUGAGACAUUGGCCAGCAUGGGAGCCCCAGCUCUGACCAGUCACAUGGCCAGCCCUGGCCUUCCUGCCUGGAUGUCUGGAACCUCAGCUGGAAUCCCAUAUGUGGCCUCUGCAUGUGGUCUGGGCUUCCUUACAAUAUGGUGGCUGGGGUCCAUGAGCAAGUGUUCCAAGACAGCCAGGCCCUUCCUGUUCUUUGCCAGCUUCCUAUUCCUGGUCUUGCUGAAAGUCAGCCUCUUCCUGAGCUUCAGUUAUGCUGCCAUUUGGUUGGCCUGGCUUCAGCGUCACCUCUGAGGAUGAUGGUCUGCCCAGCCCAGUGUAACUGCAGCUCACUCCCCAGUGACUCCCUGUCUGGUGACACAGUUCCUGGCCUCUCUGCUCCAAACUCAGCCUGGACCCUUCCCUGGGAUGUGAAGCCAGAAAUGAAUCAGCCCCAGCAGAGACUUUUGUGCCUGGGCAUUGAGUCAUCUUUGCCGGAUCGUUUCCCAGGCUGGUCUGACAGCAGACACCAGGACUCCAUGUGAGGACAUGGGCUGUGGACUGAGAUGGAUAUGUGUUCAAACUUCAGUGCUUACAACAUGACCCAGUAGAGGUUUUUGAUGGCUCUCA